UCUCCGGCUUCUGUUGAUUCUCAUAUCCUGCAUCCUACAACGUUCCUGGGCCGCAAAAGCACCGAGCACGCGCUCUAUGGACCAAAAGAAACGGAAUCUGUCCGCGUUCACACUUUGAUUGACUCGCCUCUUAAACUACGAGAUCAGCAUGGCUGCGUCCGCGGCACUGAUGCCCGUCACCGCGUCCUUUCCAGAUCUUCAAGCCAAACAGUUUGAUGAUCUGUGCAAAGCGAAUGAGAGUGGAAGGAUCAGCGCAACAGGUGGCGCGGAGGCUCCACUCAUCGAGGUGGAGUUCAGCAUCGUGCAGUCUCCCGCGGUGCUUCUCAAAGACGACGACGAGCUGGGGAAGUUCCUGGACUUCGAUUUCAUUUUGUCCAACACCAUCGAGUCGAAUCUUGCGAGCGGCGGCGGCGGUGACGUUUCUCCACCCCCGCAGCUGUGCGCCUACUCCCUGCCCGAGUCUCCGGAGAGCUGCGGCGGAGGCUCUGUGCCGGACUGCAGAGAACACGCCUCCUCUCGCCUGCACGCGCACAGCUUCCACGGCGCCGCCGGCUUCACUGGCUCGAGCCCCGUCCACAGUCUCAUGGCAGAGCUCCUGACGCCCGAGCUCAACUACACCAUGGAGCGGUCACCUGACGGCGCGUGCAAGGAGAGGGACGGACGGGAAUACACGGAGCUGCGCGCGCUCCACCCAGCGACACCUGCUCCUCAUCAGGCGGCGACACCUGGACACACAAUUAAGACGGAGCAGCUCGGCCAGUCCUGCAUGAUGGCUGCUGGACACUUUAUGGGACAGCAAAUGCGCUCCGUGCCUCCGACGGCGUUUACGCACCAGCCGGCUGCACUUUCAGCUGCCUUGCCGGGGUUCUCCGUUCACCACGUGCAGGAGGCGCACCGCGGACACGCACAGUGCCAUUUGCUGCACAUGAACUCGAUAAGCGUUCAGCUCAAUCCACACCUCCAGAACCAGUACGUGAACGCACCCUACCAGCACUUCGGACCCCCCAGGGCGACGCAGCUUCGCGGGCCGUACCACGUGCACAGAGAACCGGUGCUUGUUCACCACCAGCAGCGCCAGCCAGGUUCCGUGCAGGGCAUGAUCCUCACCCCUCCUUCGUCGCCAUCUUUGCUGGAGUUCUACCCGCACGACGACAUGGGGAGCGUCAAGCAGAAGCGAGGCCGCAGGACGUGGGCCCGGAAACGUGCCGCGACACACAACUGCGAAUUCCCGGGCUGUGGGAAAACCUACACGAAGAGCUCCCACCUCAAAGCGCACAUGAGAACACACACAGGUGAAAAGCCCUACCACUGUAACUGGGAAGGCUGCGGCUGGAAGUUCGCCCGGUCGGACGAGCUCACGCGUCACUUCCGAAAGCACACCGGGCACCGGCCGUUCCAGUGCCACCUCUGUGAGCGCGCGUUCUCCCGCUCGGAUCACCUGGCUCUCCACAUGAAGAGGCACAUGUAGGUCCCAUCGAACGCAUCCACGGGUCGCCUCUGGCCGCUGGUCAGAAUUCCAGAUGUGCGAGCUGGCCCAUUACUGCUACAGCCUGAACAUGAACGAAUGAAUGAACGAGUGUCGGUAGCUUUGUACAUAGACCUGUGCAUAUAGGACAAGCCUUGUCUAAAUUAUAGUUUGGUAUUUAAGACAUCUCCCUCUGCCUUUUUAAGUAAGUUAUUGAUUGAUUGUUAGUGCCUUGGAAAGAGUGUGUGUUUGCUCCACAAAGGACUCGAUGUGGGCAGGACCCCAUGUACACAUGUAAAUAGUAUUUUAGUCUUAUCACCUGCGAUUAGGUCACGGUUUUUACAGAGUUUGUUUUUUUUUUAUUCUAUUUUCUCAAGGUUUUGUAAUUGAGUCGAGUUCCUACUUUUGAACAACUAUGCCUAUGUUUCUUUUGGUCUGUGAAGAUUUGUUCCAGUCGUGUGGUGGUGCCAACAAUUUCAGGUUAAAACAAGUCAGGUUUUCAAUCAGGUUUUACUGCAACCUCUCAGCUCAGUGUUUAAGCAGCGUAGAUAUUUUUGGGACACAUAAUAUAUUUUGCUAUAAAAUGUUUGUUGAAAGUAUGAAGAAUUUCAGGGCAACCACUGGAUGAGCCACUGUACUUGAAAACACCAGUCAGAUGUAUUCUUCUCCAAAGAUGCUGUUUUAUGUGCAUGAGGGCUUAAAAAAUAAAACUUUUAUUACUUUUCCAAA